AAGAAUGUUUCACAUAAAUUUGGUGUGACUCUAAAUAUUCUUUAAUAUAAAAACAAAAUUUGGCAUAUAAGUAAAUAUUCUUCAGACUGUCAAAAAAGAUGGGGAUUAAUAGCGCUUACUUAUUACAUAUAAUGACUGAAAUAGGUGCUCCAGCAACCCCCGUCAAAAUCGCGAAGCGUAUAGCUGGAAAGCUAUGGAAUAAAAUCAAUACCAGAAAACUAUUAGAAGAUGUGAUGUUGGCGUUGACGAGAGGCAUUAUAUUUAAAUAUAUUAAAACAUGCAAUGGGUACUAUUACAACUUAGACGAUACGAGAAAAUUAAUGCAAUAUUUAGAAGAUGAAAAGAGGAACCAACACAAGGUUAAACGUUUUGCGAAGAAGCGUAAAUGUGGCGAAAUGUCUAGUGAAUCAUAUAGAUCUGAAUUUUCGUCGCCUUCUCCAGUAAAAAAAUGUAGACGUGAAUAUAGUGCCACAACAGUGCUUGGGAAUAGUUCUCUGAGAAUCUCUGAACAAAGUACAAAUCUCACCUCUUCAUACAGUUUGAACAUUAUUGCUUGUAAGAAAAAGAAGUCUACUUGUGGUGCUAAAGUCUUGACUGCUGAGAUGGCUAAAACAAAUUUCGCUUACAAGUUCGAUUAUCAGUUGUGUAAGAACUGCCAUAAAAUAUUGAAAGAAAGCGUUGAAGAUCCAUGUACUUCUAUUUCUAAUAGAACUGGCACUGACAGUGAUUCUGAUUAUUCUGUUUCUGCCAAAAAUAAUGUCGAUGGGCCCAGCGAUAAUUAUGCAUUGUUUCAAAAAAUUUCCAGCAGAAAUGUUUGUAAGAAAAAUCAAGGCUAUAUGACAUUGUCAGAAAAAUCUACUGAUCUUGACGGCAAACUCCGACAAACUAAUAAUUUGGAUCAGAGCACGAUAAAUUCACGCUGUGAUCCAAGUGAACCUGAUAGUAUUAAAUCUAAAUCGGAAAAUAAUGACAAAAUAUGGUUUGAUGAUGAAAUAUGUCAACGAUGCUGGCUUGAAAUCUAUCAAUGCGAAGAGCAUAGUGAUCUAUCUGAUUGCGAAGAAUAAACUAUAGCUAUUUUAGAUAUUAUCUAAAUUUAUUAGUAUAAAA